AUGGAUCAUCCAUGGAGAUCAAACAAAAGAUCAUUCAAUGGAAAAACUGAAUUCAGCCCUCCACCAGCUCCUUUAAAGGGAACUGAUGUUCUUAAUAGCUUACAUGAUUUUGAAAAUGUGUUUGGGAAGAAGAGAAAGAGAUCAAAUGAUGGAAAAACAAAGGAUCAUGCAAAAGCACGAUAUGAUUUGAAAGAUAUGGGAAUCAGGAAGAACCUUCAUCCACAAGAUACAGAAGAUAGUAAGAGAACAAAGUUUACAAAGGCGUGCUUCUCAAUGUCAAAUGGAGAGAAAUCCAUCUUUUGUGGAGUUUUAAAGACAGCCAAGCUACCUGAUGGUAGUGCCUCCAAUAUAUCUAGGUGUGUGCACUUGGAUGAAAGAAAGGUGUCUAAUUAUAAAACCCAUGAUGCUCAUUUCAUGUUACAUUACUUACUUCCAAUACCAAUUAAAAGCAUUCUUCCUGAUCAUGUGGCUAUUCCUUUGAUUCGUCUAAGUUCCUUCUUCCAUCGUUUGUGCCAAAAAGUAAUCACAUUGGAGGAACUUGAUUGCUUAGAAGUAGAAACAGUAAUUCAGUUGGAGCAAAUUUUUCCUCCUUCAUUUUUUGAUAUCAUGAUUCAUUUGCCUAUUCAUUUGGUGAAUGAAGUGAGAUUAUGCGGCCCAGUGCAAAAUCGAUGGAUGUAUUCCUUUGAAAGAGAAAUGGGUACAUUCAAAUCAUACAUUCGCAAUAGGCAUUUUCCAGAAGGUUGCAUAGCAGAGACACGAGAUGGAAUAGAUUGCAUGAAUUUAUUCUCAAAAUAUCUGCAUCGGGGUGUGCAUACCAAAUAUAAUAGAAGAGCGCGAAACAAUGAUGAAUGUGAUCCAAGUGACGCAGAACUUGUGAGUUUGUUUUCUAACAAAGGAGUUCCUUUAGGAGCAAAGAAAACUGAUCCAAUCAUUUUAGAUGACAAGUUACUAAGUCAGGCACAUGCAUACUUAUUGGGAAAUUGUGACGAUGUUCAAGAAUAUAUUAGAGAGCAUGAGCAAGAGGUUAAUAAUCAGUCACGGAGAUCAAAAUGGAGCAAAGCUAAUAAUCAUUGUCAAAACUUCUUUCAAUGGUUUGAAACUCGUGCUUUGCAAGAGGAUGUGCCUGAUUUGAUAAAACAAUUGUCUAGAGGACCAAAUUCUAUUGCAAAAAGAUAUUCUGGGUAUCUCAUAAAUGGAUAUAGAUUCCAUGUUAGGCAACGUGAUGCAAGGAGUAAAAAACAAAAUAGUGGUGCUACACUAAUUGCCUCAACUACAAGCUUUGCAAGCUCAAAGGAUAAAAAUCUGAUUGCUGCAGAUUUAACUUAUUAUGGUAGAAUAGUUGAUAUUGUUGAACUAAAGUAUUACAACCAUUUAAAGGAAGAGCCUUUUGUGCUUGCAUCUCAAGUGCACCAAUGCUUCUAUGUGCAAGAUCCAUAUGAUCAAGAUAAACAUUAUGUUAUGAAGACUGUUCCAAGAGACUUGUUUAACAUGGGUGAUGAAGUUGAAUCUAAUCUCCCACAAAGUUAUGAGAAUGAGCCAUCUGAAUAUUCGAAAGGUCCAUCUAUACCAAAAGAUAGUGGUGAAGUACUCUUAACAAGGACUGAUUUACCAGAAACAAUCAUUGAUGUGACUUUGGAGGAAUUUGUCACUCAACAACUUGAAGUCGAGUAUGAAGAGGAGUUUGAAGAUGAGUUCAAAGACGAGUCUGAAAAUGAGUAUGAAGAUGAGUUUUCAGAUGCGUUUGAAGACGAGUAUGAAAAUGAGUAUGAAGAUGAGUCUGAUGAUGAAGUCGAGUCUGAAGAAGACACACCAUGA